AAAUCACAAAUCGCAUACUUAAUCGAUGUUUACAAAUACAGCUACAUCUUACAAGUAAUUUGCCUCCAACUACUUAACAAUAACUGUAUAUAUAAGUGGUAGGAACUAUUAUUUAGUUCCUACCACUAAGCACCGGAGGUCCGUGAGACACCUUCCGGUCCUGUGUCAGGUCAAAAUGCUCGCCGUGAGAGGGUUACAGAGGCUAAAGUCUGUUUUAUCUCUGCAUGGAAACCCGGGUCUUAGAAGUCUCUCUGGCUCUUCAGAUGUAGUCCAACACAAAGAUACCACGCUGGUGAAGUUGGAGAACCCGUUCAAAGAGCCUCAGAAAGGAUGUCUCCUCUGCAACGUCAGCGUGGACUUCAAGAACACUCAGCUGCUGUCUCAGUUCAUCUCACCUCACACGGGAAGAAUCUACGGACGCCACCUCACAGGUUUGUGUGGAAGGAAACAAAAGGAAGUCUCUAAAGCCAUAAAGAAAGCUCACUCCAUGGGUUUCAUGUCGGUGACCCACAAACAUCCCCAGUUCAUGAAGGACCCCAACAUCUGUGCAGUCAAACAUCUGGAUUAGUGUUCAGUCUGUUUAUUAAAUGUAUAAAACCCGA